AAAUUAAGUAUAAUUAAAUUUCGCGUAGACUUGAUCUAAAUUUAGAAGUGUAAAAUUCUUGGACAUUUUGAACAAUAAACCCGUUAGAAUGUUGCGACUGCCAGGAAUGCCGUUGCUGCCAGGUGCUCAGUUCUAUGACUAUAGCAAACGAAGCCAUCCGCGGCGACAGACGCUGAUGCAUUAUCAGGGCAUACAUAUGCUCUCGGAUCGGCGGGAACCGGAGCUGGUGGAGCCCAAUGGGCCGCUUGUGGAUCCCAAGUGUCCACCGGUGGCCACAGAGAUGAGUGCAAUGUGGACGCCAAAGAUCAGCAUCAAGCUGCCACCGUGGCUGGCGUAUGAUAAACAGGUGCUCUGCUUCAGUGCCUACUUCAAGGAGCCGCUGACGGAGAUCUAUCAUGCGCCCUAUCAGGUGCGCAAGGUGAAAAUCUACUUCUAUCUGGAGGAUGGCACCAUGCAAAUCACAGAGCCCAAAGUGGAGAACUCGGGCAUACCACAGGGGUGUCUGGUGCAUCGUCAGCGUAUUCCCAAAUCACCGCCCGGUGAUCGUGAAUUCAUUUCCAUCUUUGAUCUCAAUGUGGACACCAACGUGCAGAUCUUUGAUCGUGUCUAUCACAUCACUGGCUGUGACAUCUUUACACGACAGUUUCUCAAUCGGGCUGGAAUUCCUGUGCCCGUCUCCCUAAUGGAGCCCAAUGAUCCCACUACGGAAAUGCGCAAACGUUCCGCUCUAAAGCAUACUCCCAGACCAGAUACGAGUGCUUUACCCAAACGACAUGCAUUUGCUCAGUUUCUGGAGUUUGAUCGUCGGGUGCUCAAGUUCCAGGGUUAUUGGAAUGAUCGUUCCGAGUUUGGAGAUGUACGCAAGCUGGACAUUUGCUACUAUCUGGCUGAUGAUACCAUUGACAUUAAAGAGAAGUUUCCAAGAAAUUCGGGACGUGAGGGACCCAGCACAUUUCUGAAACGUGCCAAGUUACCCAAGGAUUUCACGGGUCUCGCGCUGCCGGGUCAACAAACUUCCGUAACUCUGUUGAAUGUCUUGGGUAGCAAUAUGCGGGAUGUGCGCUAUGUGACAGAUCCACUGAAUACGGGCCAGAAGCAGGUGCAACACUAUACGGAUCAGGAUUUACAAAUUGGCGCCGUGUUAAAUGUCUUUGGACGCGACGUAAUCCUGACCAGCUGCGAUCAGUUUACCCAACACUACUACAGGGAGAAGUAUGGUAUUCAGGACUUUACGCCUCAGCCACAGCCGGAUCGAAGUGACGAGCGUCCUUGCUACCAAGGUCAGGCACGUCGUCUGCCGCCCUACAAUGGCUGGGGCAGCUAUGAGGACUCCGAGGGCAACUGCCUCACUGUGGAGCCCAAGGCACCUCAGGCCGACUUCAAGAAGCUCUUCAAAUAUGACGGUUGCAUCCUUCGCUUUGGAGCAAAGCUAAUGUCUGUCAUACGGGAAAAUUGCGAACGCAGUUUUGUAAUCAGUUAUUAUCUGGCCGAUGAUACGGUUCAGAUCUACGAGGUCGCCCGACGCAAUUCAGGAUUUGUGGGCGGUGAAUUCCUGAAGCGAGCACGGGUUCCGCUGCCUGGUCAGGAGAAGUUCAGCUCGGCACGACCAGAGUAUUUUCGUGCCAGUGAUUUCUACAUUGGUUCCACGGUCAACCUGAAGGAUCACAUAUUUCACAUCAUUUCGGCGGAUGAGUUUACGUUGCUCUACAUGGAACAACAUCCCAAUGAGUUUCCGGUGGCAGACAUACGCUCCAUCAUGCAAAAGAUUCGCGAUGCAGUGCGUCCGCAAUACAAACAGUUUGUACUGCGUUGCAAGCCGGAUGUUGACCUGGGCGAUAACACCACCGUUAGCUAUGACAAACUCAAGUCUACGUUGCUGUCUUACCUGUCCAAGGAGUCACUCUUGAACCACGAAAUCGUCACCGUCUGUCGUUUCUUCUCGGCGGAGCAAAUGCCGCCGCCAAGCUGCGAUCGCAAUCAUGUGCGAGCCGCCGCUCAACUGGAGCUAAAACGCGCCCUGUGGAACAAUGCGGAGGAAUUGACCGAGCACCUGAGUCACAUCAAUCCAACGUGCAAGCCGUAUAUAUCGGAGGCUCAAGUGAGAUCCACGCUGCGUGGCUGUCGAUUGCCCUUUAGCCUGGAACUGGUGGAGGAUAUACUGCAGGUGCUGCAACGGAAUACGCAGGGCGAGAUUGAGGUGCGCGAUGUGCUGGGAUUCUUUAACAUGAGUGCCGACCAGGUGCCCGACAUUGCACCCCUCAACAUCGCCUUCGAGCUGUGCCCCAAGCUGCCGUUUCUACACAAGGGACGCCUAGUGGAUUUCAAUUGGUUUCUACAAUAUCUGGGACUGGAAGAGGAGCUGAUACGCGAUAACUACUAAGCAACCUUAUACGACUUGGGUUCAGUUCAAAGAACUACUACAAAAUGAAGGAAUUGUAAAUGAUUAAAACAAUUCUUCAAUUUGUUGUAGAACUGUGAACUUGAAAAUGAAUAAAAACGAUUUGAAUCCUCUA